CGUAGAUAAUGUUGCAGAACUCAUUAAUCAAUUAUUUAUUUGCUCAAGAAAAAAAAUUAUUUAUUUAAUCAAGGAAAAAAACAAUUUAUGUAUUCAAUUUCUAGGUUUUCAGACUGAUACGAGUGGUGGUAGGUACACAUACAUAUACAUAUAUAUCUACACACAUAUAUGAUAUAUAUAUAUAUAUAUAUAUAUAAAUAGAUACAGACAGAUAUAGAUACACAUUAACACAUUCUAAGUUGACAAUGGAAUCAACAUUAUCAACUGCAUCAGCUGCAAUCGGUUUUUCUAAACUCACCGGCGCUCAAUCUGUACGGAGCCAGCUUGCGCUGCUGAACUUCCACCGAAUUACCGUCGGAAUUGCAAAAGCUGAAUUGAGGAGAUUGAAGUUCGGUGCUGCUUCUGCAAGUCCGGUGUUGUUUGGAUUGAGGAAUGUCAGCCGUGGCGGUGCCGGUGGAGUAAAUUCGGUUAGGUAUCGGUUAUCGUGUGUUUCGAAUUCGGCUGCUUCGUUUAGUACUGGAAGUGGCGGCGGUGGUGGUGGAGAUGUGUUUGGUGGAAGUGGAGGAGGUGGUGGUGGUGGUGAUGGAGGUGAGGUUAAGGCGAAUCCGGUCGGUGUAGGAGGUGAUGAUGCUUCGGCUUUUUCGUCUGAUGUUAUCAUUCUAGAUGUUGGAGGUAUGAGCUGUGGAGGGUGUUCUGCAAGUGUAAAAAGAAUUUUAGAGAGUCUACCGCUGGUAUCUUCUGCUAGUGUGAAUCUUACGACAGAGACAGCAAUUGUAUGGCCUGUAUCUGAAGCUAAGGCUUCACCUAACUGGCAAAGGGUCCUGGGAGAAGAACUUGCUAAACAUUUGACAACUUGUGGAUUUAAAUCUAACCUUAGAGAUUCUAAGAAAGAAAGUGUUUUCCAAACAUUUCAAAGAAAGGUGGAAGACAAGCGUAAACAAUUAAAAGAAAGUGGUAGGGGACUUGCCGUUUCUUGGGCCUUAUGUGCUGUAUGCCUUUUUGGGCAUGUCUCUCAUUUCAUUGGAGCCAAAGCUUGGUGGAUCCAUGCCAUGCAUUCAACUGGUUUCCAUUUGUCAUUGUCUUUAUUUACAUUGUUGAUUCCUGGACGUCAACUUAUUGUUGAUGGUAUAAAAAGUCUUUUAAGGGGGACUCCAAACAUGAAUACGCUAGUUGGUCUUGGGGCGAUAUCGUCAUUUACCGUUAGCUCAUUUGCAGCAUUGAUACCAAAAUUGGGUUGGAAAGUGUUCUUUGAAGAACCAAUUAUGCUGAUUGCAUUUGUUUUGCUGGGAAGGAAUCUUGAACAACGAGCUAAAAUUAAGGCCACCAGUGACAUGACAAGCCUUCUUAGUGUUCUGCCACCAAAAGCUCGUCUUCUAGUGACUGAUGAUGCUCAAGAAUCGAGCUCAACAGUGGACGUUCCUUGUGAUAGUCUCUCCAUAGGAGAUAGAAUUGUUGUACUACCUGGAGAUCGUGUUCCUGCCGAUGGUAUAGUCAGAGCUGGUAGAAGUGCAGUGGACGAGUCAAGUUUCACUGGGGAACCACUUCCAGUUACUAAGCUUCCGGGGGCUGAAGUGUCAGCAGGAAGUAUAAACCUUAAUGGAGCGCUUACUGUUGAAGUACAAAGGCCAGGCGGUGAAACCUUUAUGGGAGACAUUGUGCGUUUGGUAGAAGAAGCUCAGAGUAGAGAAGCUCCUGUUCAACGUUUGGCUGACAAGGUUGCUGGACACUUUACUUAUGGUGUGAUGGCAAUCUCUGCCGCUACAUUUAUGUUUUGGAGUGCUUUUGGUAUGCAUAUUUUGCCAGCCACUCUUCACCAUGGAAGUUCCAUGUCACUAGCAUUGCAGCUCUCUUGUAGUGUUUUGGUUGUUGCUUGUCCAUGUGCACUGGGUUUAGCAACACCAACUGCUGUGCUGGUUGGGACUUCACUUGGUGCUACAAAAGGAUUGCUCUUGCGUGGCGGAAGUAUCUUAGAGAAAUUUUCUACAGUCAACACAAUUGUUUUUGACAAAACAGGAACGUUAACCAUUGGCAAACCUGUUGUCACAAAUAUAGUGACUCCAACAUCUGGCGACUUUUCCGAGUUACAGCUUAAUUCAAGUGACAAAUGGUCUGAUAUUGAUGUACUGAAGUUAGCUGCUGCUGUUGAAUCUAAUACAAUUCAUCCAAUUGGUAAAGCUAUAGUGGAAGCUGCACGGCGUGCUAAAUGCCCUAAUGUAAAGGCUGAUGAUGGAACAUUUGUGGAGGAACCUGGAUCUGGUGCAGUAGCCUCAGUUGGGAAAAAGAUGAUUUCUGUUGGUUCAUUGGAAUGGGUUAGGAGGCAUGGAGUUGUUGAGAAUCCAUUUGUAGAAACUGAAGAGUUUAAAAAUCAGUCAGUGGUGUAUGUGGGGGUAGAUGGUGUCCUUGCAGGACUUAUUUACGUUGAGGAUCAGAUAAGAGAAGAUGCUGCACAUGUUGUUCAAUCUUUGACUAAUCAAGGAAUUAAUGUAUACUUGCUUUCCGGGGAUAAAAAGAGUUCAGCUGAAUAUGUUGCCUCUGUAGUUGGUAUUCCAAAGGAACAGGUGUUCUAUGGAGUUAAACCUGAUGAAAAAAGUAAAUUUAUCAGCAAACUUCAGAAAGAUCGACAUGUUGUUGCUAUGGUUGGGGAUGGAAUCAAUGAUGCUGCUGCCUUGGCUGAAUCACACGUAGGAGUUGCCAUAGGUGGAGGUGUUGGAGCUGCCAGCGAGGUCGCGUCAGUUGUGCUCAUGGGUAACAAAAUUUCACAGUUGAUUGAUGCAAUGGAGCUUAGCAGACAAACGAUGAAGACUGUGAAGCAAAAUCUUUGGUGGGCUUUUGGGUACAAUAUUGUUGGGAUUCCUAUAGCUGCAGGAACUUUGUUGCCAGUAACGGGGUUGAUGCUUACUCCCUCAAUUGCGGGCGCCCUCAUGGGUUUGAGUUCGAUCGGUGUGAUGACUAAUUCAUUACUUCUUAGAUUCAGAUUCACAUCACAACAGAAAAGAAUUAAUGGAGCACCAUCUUAUGAAGUCCUAGAAGACAUAGAAGCUCCCGCACCCAAAACCCUCACUUAGAUUGUAUGUAGAUUCAUGAUGGCCGGUUAACAAAGCAAAAGAUUUGUAUCAUUUGGGGAAAGAAGACACAUGGUGAUAGUUAUAGUAAGAUAGGGGUUAUGUUAGUCAUUUUUGUCUUCUCUAUUUAUUUUGCAGACAAGGAUGCACUUACAUGUGCAGCUUUUAAUGAGUACAGAACCUCUUCUAACCAUUAUAUAUGAUCUCAUUUUUUCUUUC